GAAGUUGACGACACCGCCAUCUUGAAAAGUACCCUCAGAUAAUCUACGUUUUCGCGCCCGUCAGAAUCAGUUUUAAACAAUAUAUUUUUAUAAACGUAGUCGCGCGUUGUGUCAAUGUUUCUUUAGUGGUGGCGUCGGGCUAAUGGUUGAAUAAGCUACAUGCCGGAUACGUGUCGUAUGCUGUUGUUUAUCGGUGUUUGCUGUUGAUGUUUUGAGGAGCUGCUGGGUGCCACUGCUGCUGUAUGUGUGCUGCUGUGUCUGUCUGUCGCCACCUUCUGCCCAGCAAGCCAGCCUGUAAUGGGCCACAACUCCCAAAGAGUAGAACACGCCUCCUCAUUUUAACCCCAGUUCCAGUCUCUGGACUCCGCACACAAGCAGAGUCAUGUUUUGGAAGUUUGACCUCCACACCACGUCUCACAUCGACACGCUGUUGGAGAAGGAAGAUGUGACAUUGACUGAAGUGAUGGACGAGGAAGAUGUCCUCCAGGAGUGCAAGGCUCAGAACCACAAGCUGGUGGACUUCCUGCUGAGGCCUCAGUGCAUGGACGACCUGGUCACCUUCAUCACACAGGAACCCAAUGCUGAUGUAGAGGAGAAGGUCAAAUACAAGUACCCCAACAUAUCGUGUGAGCUGCUGACAUCAGACGUGGGUCAGAUCAAUGACCGACUGGGAGAAGAUGACAACCUACUGAUGAAACUCUACGGCUUUCUCCAAAACGAGCCACCCCUGAAUCCCCUCCUGGCCAGCUUCUUCUCCAAAGUCCUCUCCAUUCUCAUUGGGCGAAAGCCAGAACAGAUUGUAGAGUUUCUGCGGAAGCGGGAGGACUUUGUAGACUUGGUUAUCAAACACAUCGGGACGUCGGCGAUCAUGGACCUGCUGCUCAGGAUGCUGACCUGCAUCGAACCACAGCAGCUGAGACAGGACGUGCUUAAUUGGCUGAAUGAAGAGAAGGUAAUCCAGAGGCUGGUGGACAUGGUACAAUCUAGUCAGGACGAGGACAGACAUUCCAACGCCUCCCAGUCUCUGUGUGAGAUCAUCAGACUGAGCAGAGAUCAGAUGUUCCAGGUUCAGGGAAGCUCUGAUCCAGACCCCCUGCUGGCCACACUGGAGAAGCAGGAGACUGUGGAGCAACUGUUGGCCAACAUCUUUGACAAGGAGAAGAAUGAAUCCGCUAUCGUCAGCGUUAUUCAGAUCCUCCUCACGCUGUUUGAGACGAGGAGACCAGCGUUUGAGGGUCACAUGGAUUGUCCUCCAGGAAUGUCACACCCUCUGUUCUCAGUCAACCACAGCAUCCUGGAAGCUGUCAGGCCCAGACUCAAGGACUUUCACCAGCUUUUACUUGAACCUCCCAAGAAGAACCUGAUGAAGACAACGUGGGGGGUGUUGGACCCCCCAGUUGGCAACACAAGGCUGAACGUGGUCCGAUUGGUGGCCAGCCUUCUGCAGAGCAACACGCACACCAUCAACACAGAACUCAUCAACCUCAACACGUUGGGGGUCAUAUUAGACAUGUAUUUCAAGUACAUCUGGAACAACUUCCUCCAUAUCCAGGUGGAGAUCUGUACAGCCAUGAUCCUGGCCAUGCCCCCUGCCCCCACCCUCAGCCCAAAUGGACAGACGGAUGCAGAACAGGACUAUGCCAGGGAAAGCAUCCUCAUCAAACAUCUGUUUGAAAAAUGCCAGUUUAUACAGAGAAUUCUGGAUGCAUGGACCUCCAACGAAAAGGAACAAGCGGAAGGGGGCCGGCGGCGAGGCUACAUGGGUCACCUGACCAGAAUAUCUAACUCUAUAGUUCAUAACUGUGACAAAGGCCCAAACGGACCGCAGAUUCAACAUAUUAUCUCUGAGCUCCCAGGGGAAGACAGAGAUAGAUGGGAGUCCUUCAUCUCUGGCCAGCUGUCAGACACAAACAAGAGGAACACUGUUGACCUGGUGAACAUGCACCACAUCCACUCGUCCAGUGAUGAUGAGGUGGACUUUAAAGACACUAGCUUUCACCAGGACUCUUCUCUACAACAAGCCUUUUCUGAUUAUCAGAUGCAACAAAUGACGUCCAAUUUUAUUGAGCAGUUCGGCUUCAAUGACGAAGAGUUUGCUGACCAGGACGAUGUUGUGGAUAUUCCCUUUGAUAGAAUAUCAGACAUCAGUUUUUCACUGAAUACAAAUGAAAGUGCCAACAUAGCAUUGUUUGAGGCACGCUGCAAGGAGAAGAUCCAGCAGUUUGAAGAGGCUGGCUCUGACGAAGAAGACAUCUGGGAUGAAAAAGAUGUCUCUUUCGCUCCAGAGGCACAGAGACGCCCCAGGAGUUCUGGCAGCACAGACAGUGAAGAGAGCACAGACUCUGAGGAGGAAGAUGUUAAGAGGGAUCCUUUUGAAGUCCCCGGCCUCAGUACUGAUGACAGAAUGGAUGUGGAUACAGGACCUGUGUGGACAGCCAACUUUGAAGACAUCCCCAUGGACACUGGCAACUCCACUGCACCCGCCCCGAGCCCCAACAGCACCCCUGCACCUCCCCCCUCCUCCUCCUCCGUACCAGUGGUCCCCGGUGCAGCCUGGAGCAGCCCCCCUGCCCCCUCCAACUCAGAGACCAGCUGGGCCGACUUCUCCAACUUCCCCCAUCUCAGUCCUAAAGACCCUCUAAGAUGCAACUCUCCUGUAGCCAUGGAAACCAGCGUGGAGACAAUGGACCCGCUGGGAGUCAACGCGCCCAUGCAACCCGAAGCAGAGUGUGACGGGUGGUCCCCGGCGGACCAGAGCCCGCUGUCGUCCCCCGCCCAGAGGCUCAGCAGCCCCGAGGCAGAGGAGGAGGAGGCGGCCAGCGAGCAGCGCAGCGUGACCGAGACGGUGAUCAACGGCUCCAUGAAGGAAACGCUCAGCCUCACGGUGGACGCAAAGACUGAGACGGCAGUCUUCAAGAGUGAUGAAGAGAAAGCCGUUUGUUCGGAGGAGAAGUACACUGUAGCGGCGGAUAGUGAUCCAGAGAGGACCGGCCCCAACACCACAUCAUCCCCCUGUCCCAAAACCAGCGGGGAGAGGAGUUGGGCCCCCGCUGAGGUCCCCAACGGCCCCUCAGAGACGGCAGCUGUAGAGGAGCCAAAGCCGGACGUGAGCCCGGCGUCCACGGAGGUCGACGUUAAGGUACCAGCGUGAGGACGCCCGUCCCCAGAGCAGCCAUGUUUCUGCUCCCAGAUUACACAAACCAAGAGACAUCACCAGGACCAGCAAUACUUCCAUAGGCUCAGCCCAGUGCGACACACCACACAAACACGCACACACACACACACCCCCACCACACACACACCACCCCACCCACCCACACACACACCACACACCCCACCAAC